UGUCUGGUCCAUCUUACGCGUCCGGACAUAUCGCCUCACAAGCCAAGACAGAGCCUGAGCUUUCAAACUGGGGGUUGGGGGUCUCCUCUCUUGGUGAUUUCCUGGGCACGACGCCCCUACUUCUCUGCUUCAUCACUGCUCAUCCUUCAAGUUCGUGACUCGAUUUUACUGAAUUCUGUGCAACUGGAGCUCUAAAGCUGUCUGAUUUCAGACAAGAAUGAUGCAUGUUCAUCUGGGUUUUGCUGAAGAUCCUGUUUUUGGGCUGUAAGACGUGUCCAAUGAUGUUGGGUUUGAUACAUGUCCUUGAUGAGCACUUCAAUUGUCUUAUGCCGCUGCUUAGCAUUCACCGGCCAAAACCCAGUUCUUGAAUCGUCGUUCUCCUUACAUCAUCCUCCUGGUUUUUCCGUUCAAUUACGCUGUAAAAGGAAGGGGCUUUGGAGGUUUGUCCCUAAUGCCAAGAAGAACGAUCAUUCGGGUAGAAAAAGAAGCUGGUGGCAGAGGUUUUUCUUUGAUGAUGAUGGGAAUUGGCUUGGUUUGAGGGACGAUGAAAUUGUGGAUGAGACAUCUGAUCUUGCAGGGGACGAGGAGAUGACAGAUGAGGAGAAAUUCGAGACGUGGAAGAGACGAGCAGAGGCCAUAGUGGAGAUAAGGGAGAAUCAGGAAGAGAUGAUGACUGAUGUGAACAGGAGAUGGGAGGAUUGGAUAGUGGAUUCAGAUGGUAAUUCAGUGGAGUCAUGGAGCCGUGACUCGGAUGUUGAAUCAGAAUCUGAUGAGUUGAUAGGUCCUGACAGUGGCCUGGUUAAGACGGUGAGGGAUAUGGUUUUAGGAGUUGAAGAGGAUGACAUUCUAUAUGAAGACCGAGUUUUUCGCUAUGCUUCUCUGAAUUCGGCGAAAUUCUUGGCGGUCUUGAUCAUAAUACCAUGGGCAUUAGACUUUCUGGUUCAUGAUUAUGUCCUUAUGCCCUUCUUGGACAGAUAUGUGAAGACAGUACCACUUGCUGCUCAGAUGCUUGACGUGAGACGAAGCCAGAAACUCGAAAUGGUCAAGGAAAUAAACAGAGAAAAAGCAAGGUAUCGGCUUGAAGUUGAGAUUGGUAAAUCUCCACCGCUUUCUGACGAGGACUUAUGGUGGGAGAUCCGGGGAAAAGCGUUGGAGCUGAGGGAUGAGUGGAGGGUAGAGAACCGCAAAGCAUUUGCCAAUAUAUGGUCUGAUACGGUGUUUGGGCUCUCGCUGUUCGUUCUUUUAUAUGCCAAUCAGGGGAAAGUAGCUUUGUUAAAGUUUACCGGUUAUAAGAUCCUAAACAACAUUUCAGACACUGGGAAGGCGUUUCUGAUCAUCCUUAUCACCGACAUUUUCUUAGGGUACCAUUCAGAAUCAGGUUGGCAGACAUUGUUAGAGAUAAUGGUGGAACAUUACGGGAUUGAGGUCGACCAGUCUGUUCUUACCAUUUUUAUCUGCUUCGUUCCCGUUGUCAUCGAUGCCUGCGUUAAGCUUUGGCUGUUUAAGUUCCUCCCGAGGUUAUCUCCGAGAGUUUCGAGCAUAUUCAGCGAGAUGAAGCGUCACUAGCAGAGGUCGAUUUACCUCGUUUGAUAUUCGUUUUUUCCGCCAUUGAUGCCUGCUUCGAGCUCUGUAC